UUUAAUUAUCGUAUGAAGAGGGACCCCUGAAGCUUUGAAAGAGAUAAGAAUUGGAUCAAGAAGCCAAUUCAACGUGCUAAUCCGCCGUCUAUUAUCAGAUAACUCUUUUGUGCUUAGAGCAAUAAACAUUAAAUCCUCAAGGAAGCUGGCAAAUGGGGUCCGAAUGUCCUCCAGCACCAGUAACAGUCCAUAUAACUGGUUUUAAAAAAUUCCAUGGAGUUUCAGAGAAUCCAACAGAGACCGUUGUGAAUAAUUUGACAGAGUACAUGAAGAAGAAGGGUUUGCCCAAAGGUUUAAAUAUUGGGAGCUGCAACAUUCUUGAAACUGCUGGUCAAGGAGCACUUGGUACCUUGUACCAGACGUUGCAAUCUGCCAUUAGUGCCAAAAACUCUGAACCUUCGAAUUCCAGAAGAGUUAUUUGGCUGCAUUUAGGGGUUAACAGUGGUGCAACAAGGUUUGCUGUAGAGCACCAAGCUGUCAAUGAGGCUACUUUCCGUUGCCCGGAUGAAAUGGGAUGGAAGCCUCAGAAAGUCCCCAUUGUUCCAUCAGAUGGUGGAAUUUCACGAACACGACAGACUUGCCUUCCAGUAGAGGAGAUCACCAAGGAAUUGGCGAAGAAAGGUUACGAUGUUAUGACAUCUGAUGACGCAGGCAGGUUUGUGUGCAAUUAUGUUUACUACCAUUCCCUGCGCUUCGCCGAACAGAACGGCAUCAAAUCCCUCUUUGUGCAUGUCCCUCUCUUCUUGACAAUAGAUGAGGACACUCAAAUGCAAUUCAUUUCUUCCUUGUUAGACGUACUUGUUUCUGUGUGCUAGCAACAUUCUGAAAGUGGGACGAAUGUAUCUCCGCUGAAGACAUUAUUAUAUAUUUAAAUUUGAAAAGAUUAAGGAAAAUGGCAGAUGUAGCAGAGGCAUUUGCUUUCAUGGUUAAUGUUUCUCAAGGUUUCAACAAUUUGUCUGGACGAGUCUCUGUCUGUUUUCGCAUUGUGAAUAAGUGUUCAUUUUCCUAAAA